AUGCGUACUCAGGAAAUUUGGGCUGACACGAUAGACAAGGCCGCUGAAGAAAUACUCCAAGCGCUGAAGGAAAAGACUAAUACUACCAGCACCGUCGGUAGCAGAGACAAUGUCUUCUACUUCGAUGGCUGGGACGGGCUGGGAGCGUCCGCCGUCCUCCGAGCCAUCGCCCAACGCCUCGCCACAACUUCAGCAGAUGGGAAGAGAGCCCUGGCCGAACUGGAGUUUGAUCAGGUCAUCCACAUCGACUGCUCGAUGUGGCAGAGCAGGAGAGCGCUUCAGAGGGCGGUCGCAGAGGAACUGAGGCUCCCCAGUGAAGUGAUGGAGUUGUUCGACAGGGAGGACGAGAAGGACGAUUUCCGUGGGGUGGCCCAGGGAUCCCGUGCUGAGGUACAACAAGUCAUCAGGGAAAUGCAGCAACACAUACAGAAGCUGAACCGCAGAUUCUUGGUGAUUUUCCACAAUGGGAGCAGUGAGGAGAUCGAUCUGGCCAGUUGCUGUGGCUUCCCUCUAUACGGAUUUUCAACCAGCAAGGUGCUGUGGACAUUCCAAGGGAGAUUCCGGCUCAAACCUCGGAGGAAAGUUGAUACGGCCAUGAAGACCGCAGGAACAACUGAUGUUUUUCUCUUGGCAUACCCACAAGAUAAAAUCAAAGAGGAGCUCUGGACCUACCUUGUACUCCAAGAGACUGCGGAAGUAGCUGCAGCAUGCAAGUUCAAUACUAGGUCUCGCGGCAUCAUCAAUCAGCCUGAACAAGUGACCGAGUGCUUCCUGUACAUGUGGGACCUGUGUUGCAGUGGUGGUCAGUUGAUUGACUAUGAUUUGGACACCCACGGUGCCAACUACUGGGUCUGUGAUGACAUCAUACGACAUCGACAACAGGGAGAUGGUUUGUGGAGAGCAGCUGAAGCUCUGCAUCGUGAGAUUCGAUUGGAUAUGGACUCCCAUCAAUAUGUGCCCUCCUCUCAGUUGCUAGGGCAGUGGCAAAUCCGGACCAAGCCAUAUUGGACUUCGCCAACUUACGGAUUAAUUCUGAUUCCAACCAGAGCUAUGCCUAACGGAGACAUGUUCCAACACAGCGCUGACAAGCUUUGUGUUCUCAAGCUCUCACGCUGCACCUUCAACUUCCAAUCACCUCCAUUCCUCUGCUGCUACGCCCUCAGGUUUCUAUGGCUUGACCAUUGUCAAGGCACCAACAAGACCAGCACAGAUGGAGCAGGGAAGGAGGAAGACAUUCGCCGGUGCUUUCAGAGGCUGUGGGUGCUCGACGUGCGCUACACAGACUGUGAUCAGAUAUUGUGUGCGCAGAUGUUGGGUCUCAUGACCCAGCUCAGGGAGCUAAAUGUGAUCGGAGCCAAAGGAUGGGACAUGGGCCAGCUACAGGGACAAUUGCCUAACAUCUGCAAGCUCCGAGUGAAAAAAUCUGAUGUCACAUGCAGUUGCCCAGAAAAUGAUCUGUUCUCGGAGAUGAACAAGAUGGAGCAUCUUGACUUUUCAGGAAACUAUUCGACUGGUGGUUCCAGUCCCAUGACGAGCUUAUUUGGGCCAGGGGUAAGCAGCAGCAACGUUUGGUGCCUCGAGACUGUCAUCAUUGUUGAUGGAUGUGGAGAGGUUGAAAAGAUCUCCUUCCGCGGAUGUACUGAGCUGAAGAAUCUGCACUUGGGAGGACGGAUGCGGAGUCUCCACACCCUAGACAUCUCAGGCACGGCAGUGAAAACACUAGACCUCAGUACAACAGUAAUCCCGCACCUUGAUGAGCUCUAUCUACUUCACUGUGAGAAGCUUUGUGCAAUCCUGUGGCCACCGAAAGAGAAAAUGAAACAUGGAGGCUUGGGUAAGCUGUGCAUUGACACCACGCUGUCAGCACCCACCGCCCAAUCUAGAGAAGAAAAGGCCAAGCGGGGUACUAGUACUGCUACUACUGGAACAUCAGUAGCACCUGCAGCUGCACCACAUGGCAGUCGGCCGAGCAGUGAAUUUGACUGGCACAUUUCUGUACGGGAUGCAAGGCUCCUUGCGUCCCUGAAGCCAGUCUAUUCUACCGCUGUUGGUGGAGAUUUGCUCUCCUAUUCCCGCAAGGCAUAUGUGGAGAUUUCCUCUCCUCAUCCUACCGCUGUUGGUGGUGGUGGCAAAGAUGAAGGAAUAUUCAAGAGCGCAGGCAGUCGUGAGCAGCAAUUGCUGGCAAACCUGCAGCGGCAGCCUGCGCCUACAGUAUACACAGAGAUCUCCGUGGACCGCGUACAACAAGCUAGUGAAGGCGGUGCUGAUACUCUGGGAAUCAUGUGGAUGUGGCCUUGCCCGGAUGUUCCUGAUCUUCCUGAAAAGAUGUCCUUUUUUUUUUUUUGGGGGGCCUCUCCUGAAAAGAGGUGCUACAUACACGUACAAGACCAAAUGAGGACAAAAUCACUACAAGGUGGGGAAGGGACUCAAACUGUUGCUGUCCCUUGGUUUAUAAGAAAGUGUGCUAAGAUCCUGCAUGUGCACGAUAGUCUGUCCAUCACCAGUAUCACUUCAGAUGAUGAAUAUAGUUCAGAAUGGCCUGACCUAGAGUGGUGCAGAAUCGAGAGGUGCCCCAAAUUGGACUUUGUCUUUGAUAAUGUUCAAGGCCGUUUUGACUUUACUUAUCAGUUGAGAAUAUUCUGGGCAUCCCAACUCCUAGAGUCACGCUAUAUCUCAACAUCCAAUGGAAACCGUAUAUUUCCGCACCUGACUUUGCUGCACCUGGACUUCUGCCCUAGGCUUAUACACGCACUCCCUUUGACAUGGAACUGGUUUCCUAAUGAUAAGGACAGCUUGUGCCUCCUGGAGACCCUUGAGAUUGCAUGGUGCGGUGAUCUCAGGGAGAUAUUUCCUUUCAAAAGAGAGAAGCCAGAUUUGAAAGACUUCCCCAAGCUGAAGCGUAUCCACCUGCAUGAGCUCCCUUCGCUACAGCAUAUUUGUGGGGUCAAAAUGUCUGCACCUAAUCUUGAGACCGUCAAUAUCAGGGGCUGUUGGAGCCUCACGCGCCUUCCUGACAUUGGCAGCAGCAACAAGGUAGUGGAGUGCGACUGCGAGAAGGAAUGGUGGGAAAGGUUGGAGUGGGAUGACCGCUCGCAGGCAGACAACUACCGACCCAUCCACCCACGGUAUUACAAGAAGACCCUACUCAGGGGCAGUGUGCUCAGGUUUCCUCGAGGGAUCCAGCCAUCCAUCCAUCACUGCUGCCUAUGUGCUCCUGUUGGAAAGAUGGUGUAA